AUGGCAGAGUCCUUGUCAAAUAAGAAGCUGCACAUUAGUGAGCAGCCUUUUACAUUGCGCAAUUGGUAUCGCCAUGUCAACUGGAUCAAUACUACACUUAUCUUGAUCGUUCCAUUCUUCGGCUGUGUCGCCGCAUCCUACACUCAGCUGCGCCUUCCUACGGCUAUUUGGGCCGUGGUGUAUUACUUUUGGACUGGACUGGGUAUUACCGCUGGCUAUCACCGUCUAUGGGCACAUCGAUCAUAUGAGGCGUCCUUACCAUUAAAAGUUUUCCUUGCUUGCGUUGGCGGUGGUGCUGUCCAAGGCUCCAUCCGAUGGUGGAGCAGCAAACAUCGGGCACACCACCGAUGGACGGAUACUGUCAAGGAUCCAUACAGUGUCCGGAAGGGCGUGUGGUACUCCCACUUCAUGUGGAUGGUGCUAAAGCAGAACCCCAAGGAUCGUGGCAGGACAGAUAUCUCCGAUUUGAACCAAGACCCCAUCGUCGUGUGGCAGCACAACCACUAUGGUGAAUUCAUUCUUGUUUUCGGAAUGCUUUUCCCAAUGGUGGUCGCUGGCCUGGGUUGGGGUGAUUGGAAAGGUGGUCUGGUCUAUGCAGGUAUCUUGAGAUUCCUCUUCGUCCAACAGGCCACUUUCUGUGUCAAUUCCCUUGCCCAUUGGCUUGGAGAUCAGCCAUUCGAUGACCGUAACUCGCCUCGCGAUCACGUUAUCACCGCGCUGGUUACACUUGGUGAAGGCUACCAUAACUUUCACCACGAAGUAAGCAACCUUCCCUGUCAAGUUUUGAUCUCAUCGCUGACUAGUGAACGGUUCCCUUCUGACUACCGCAAUGCCAUCGAAUGGUGGCAGUAUGAUCCGACCAAAUGGUCAAUCUGGGUAUGGAAGCACAUCGGCCUUGCCUCCAACCUCAAACAGUUCCGGGUGAACGAAAUCGAAAAGGGCCGCGUCCAGCAGCUGCAAAAAAGAGUUGACCAAAAGCGAUCUCAACUCGACUGGGGUGUUUCCUUGGAGAAGCUACCUGUCUUUUCCUGGGACAACUUCGUUGCCGAUUGUCAGGGUGGCAAAUCUCUUAUUGCUAUCGCCGGUGUAAUCCAUGAUGUGACGGAUUUCAUCAAGGAGCACCCCGGUGGUAAAGCCCUUAUUAGUUCGGGAAUUGGAAAAGAUGCCACUGCACUUUUCAACGGCGGGAUUUAUCAACACUCUAAUGCGGCACAUAAUCUUCUUUCCUCUAUGAGAGUUGGUGUUAUUCGAGGUGGUGGUGAGGUUGAGAUUUGGCGGGAGAAAAAUCGCGACAAGCGUGCUGCCGUCAGUUCGCCUUAA